GUUCAAUUUGUCAAAAUGGUGGCACAGAGUUUCGCGCCAUAUGUCAAAACAUCGGAUUUGCAAUUAAUUAAUUUCAAACCAUGUGACAAAAUAGUGCUGCACUAUACCGUUAACUUCUGUCAAAGACAUGUCGGAUCUCCGGCAUAGAAUCUCACUGUCAUUGUUACAGAAGAGAUGUCGGAAUUUAAACACGUCCCGCCUAGUGGCCUCCAGUAGAGUUCUUCACAACUCCAUCCCAACCCAGAAUUGUGAUGUGAUUAUGACGCUGCCAGCAACCACAGAUGACUCGACUCUCAUGUGGCUGCUGGCUCGUUUGCGGUCACGCCUGCCAGAGUUACACGUGCAUGUACGACACUGGAAAAACACGGGAGUGUAUGCGUUUUACAUGACGGCAGAAUAUGAGGAUUUGCUUCGUAUGUGUGAGGAGGAGGGCCUGUGUAAACCUCUAAAGGCGGAGUAUGGUGGAGGCCAGAAGGAGUUCCUCUUUGAAGACCGGGGUUGUUACGAGGGUGUUGAAGAUGAGGGUCACUUUAUAAGCAGUGAGGAGCGACAGAGCCUUGUGUACCAGAUUCUUCUCAAUCUACGAGCUCUGGAGGGAGAAGAACUAGACGGAAUACGCUUCCUUGAAGGGCAGUCUAUAGUGCCGGUUCUGCAGUCAAAGAAGGUUGUUUCCCAGGUAUUUCCCCUCCAUCACAGGCGAGAUCUUUUGAAGCUCCGUAAAACCUGGGUCCAAUCUUUCGGGCCCCAGCCCCUAGAUGGUGUGUGUUCAUAUUUCGGUGUGAAGAUAGCGAUGUACUUUGCGUACCUUGGUCACUACACGAAACUGCUGCUCGCACCUACCAUACUGGGUAUCAUCGUCUGGUUCGUGCAGUCAACCAACCAGGUUCUGGAGGAUGUGUGUUUCAUUGGGUUUGGCUUGUUUAAUGUUCUGUGGGCCACAAUGUAUUGUGAGGCGUGGAGAAGGAAGAAUGCAGAAUUGGCCUAUAGAUGGGGAACCCUGGACAGGAAGAGUGAGCUCCUCCAGGACCCAAGACCCCUCUAUACUGGUCACCUGGUAACGAGCCGUGUGACAGGAAGGCCGGAGCGUCACUACCCGGCCUGGAGACGCUACCUAUUCUUCUACUUUGUCAGUGUCCCGGUGAUCGCCAUGUGCCUCCUCAUUGUCUUCUGCAUCAUGCUCAUGAUCUUCGAGCUUCAAGAAUGGGUCAAUGGACUCGUCAAGUCGGACAUUUUGCCUUCGUUCUGUCUCCAUGUGCCUAAAGUGUUGCUGGCAAUCUGUAUCGGAAUUUUAGAUGAGAUUUACAAGAAGAUUGCUUCCUGGCUCAAUGAUAAGGAGAACUACAGGAUGGAGGAGACAUACGAGAACAAUCUAAUCAUUAAACUUGUCUUGUUCCAGUUUGUAAACUCCUUUCUGUCGCUGUUCUACAUCGCCUUUUACCUGAGGGACAUGGACAGACUCAGGGAUCAACUUGCAACAUUGAUGAUCACUCGGCAAGUGAUUGGUAACCUGCGAGAAGCUGUGCUUCCUUACUUCUUGUGGAAGGCAAAACUUAUGAAAGUUGGCUACGACAUCACAGGUCACAUGUCACCAAACACUAUAGAAAAAGAAUCAAUGUCAGUUAAUGAGAGAAGUGGGUGUGCCGAUGAAGCUGAUACUGAGGCAAGUGGAUGUAAAGGCGAAGGUCAUACAAAGAUGGCAGCAGACAGAGAUAGUACAUCCCAGCUAGUCCUCACACAGGCACAGGUGGAAAGCACUAUGAAAAAAUACGAGGACACAUUUGAUGACUACCUGGAGAUGUUUAUCCAGUACGGCUACGUGAUUCUCUUCUCCUCGGCGUUCCCGCUAGCCGCACUCUGUGCCUUCCUCAACAACGUCAUUGAGAUACGCAGCGACGCCUUCAAACUGUGCGUUUACCACCAGCGCCCGUUUGGUCGCCGAGUACACAACAUCGGCAUCUGGCAGAAUGCCAUAGUGGUGAUGGGUGUGGUCGCGGUGAUGGUGAACUGUGCUCUGAUUGGUGUAUCCGGUCAGCUGGACAGGAUGGUCCCGGGAAUGGACACCACCUCCAUCAUCAUUGUCAUCGUUGUCCUUGAGCAUGUAAUCCUGGUGUUGAAGAUGUGUAUGACGUAUGCCAUCCCCGCCCAGCCCCAUUGGAUCAAGGAAGAGAUGGCCCACUUGGAGUUCCAGCGACGACAGGCUCUCAAGAGAAUGGAAACUCAGAUCAGCCCUCCUCUAGUGAAUGUCUCAAGAUCCCCCACCAAAUCCCCAUCCUCGAGCCCCUCAUCGGACCCCUUCACUCUACACAGGCCCCAAAUACCUGUAAGACACCAUGACUCCCUCCUUCGUAAGUUAGGAGGCACAGCUGACAAGGUGUCUGAUUCUAAGGAACAUGGCAGACAUUUUAUUGCAAAGGAACCCAAAGAAAACAUUAACCUUAAGUCAUGCAAUGAACCAAAAUAUUUUUAUUACCAAAAAGACAAUGAGUUUACUGACGAAGUUUCUGUUGGUUUUAAAAAUGAUGGAAUAAACCAGCGAAAUAUAUCUGAAGAACAUUCUCCACAUAGAGAAGGAAGUUUGCCUCCAUCUUCUCUUAAAAGUUGGUUGCAUGAUUCGAAUGACUCUAGUCAGGAGAUAACAGACUUCAGACAAACUGACCCUCAUGAUCCACAAUGUACAGUUGGGGAUUCGAAAGUUAGACACAAAGUCACAUUUAAAGUACCAAGCGUUGAUACCUCCGGUGAAGAUUAUGGACACACUUCUGGUCUAAGAGGUGCAGGACAUGGGUCAACAAGUGCUAUUCCAAGUAUUCAGACCGUUAGGGCAGGUCAACAUUUAACAGAUGAGGAAGCCAUCAUAGCUACCAGACAGAGAAUUUUACAAAGUGCUCGUCAGAGGCAUGGAGGCAGCUCAGAUCUUCAAAAGAAAUCCUAAGUUGCUUGUACAUAACAUUGUUUUAUUAAGAUGUUGUUGUUUUUAUGGAAUUUGUAAUUAUUACCUCUAGGCUCACUUAAGGUGUUAUUGCUCUGUGUUCAUUGUUUUGUGUUAACAUUUUCUUAAAUGGACUUUUCCUCUUGAACUGCUGUGCCAUUUUCAUUGAAAUUGUCAAAAUUACCGGUAACGUUCCUUGCCUUUACUUAUCUCAAGUUUUAUUAAAUUGUUUCAGUAACAGAACCACAUGGCAACCACAGCUGAAAUUAUAUUUUUUAUGCUUCCAAAGUGUUGGUUAACAGCCAUCAUACUGUCUGUUUGGUCGUCCGUGUGUCCAUCCAUCACAACAUUUUCUCAGCAAUAACUUUUAUUGAUGGGAUUAAAUUUAGCCUUCACAGAAUUAUUAAGCAUUAUGGGAAGAUGUAUUGCGCGUAAAGUUUGUGCUGUUAUUCAAAAUGUGAAAUUUAUUAUAAAAAUGGCUAUUAGUCAGACAAGGCCGAAUUGGGGGCAUUUGUCACGCAUCUGUGACACCUCUAUUACAUUAAAUCUUAAAAAAAUAUUGUCCAAACCGCAAAACUGCUAUACUUAGAGAGGUUAGAUAAUUGUUACUAUAUCCUCUAUCAAGUUUGUGAAAAUUGUUCUCCCAGGGUAAGGACUGGCCCUGCCCCAGGGGCUGAGAAAAACAAUGCAUACAUGUAAUACUCUUCUUGUCUCUUACAUGAGGGCACAAAGCCUUGAUAUUUAGAAAAGUUUAUAGAAAAAGCUUUUGCUAGUUUCUAAAAUCUGCAAGAUUCUCUGUUGUUCUCUCCCCUUGAUUACAAAAACUUAUUGUUUAAAGGGACUAGCUCGUUUUUAGCUCUACUGGCCAAAGGCCAGAAGAGCUUAUGCGAUGGUAAUGUGUACAUAGUAUGUGCGUCUGUAAACAAUUCCUUGUUAACACGAUACAGCCUUCAGUUUUGAUUGUAUCUCGAUGAAACUUGUACAGUAUCUACAUAUCCAUUAGAGCUCAGUUCCUUUUGAAAACCAGCCAGAUCCACCCAUGCAUGCCUAGAUUAUGGGCCUUGAUAGUAUAAAAAAUCAGUGAGUCUGUAAACAAUUCCUUGUUAACACGAUACAGUCUUCAGUUUUGAUUGUAUCUCAAUGAAACUUGUGCAGUAUCUACAUAUCCAUUAGAGCUCAGUUCCUUUUGAAAACCAGCCAGAUCCACCCAUGCAUGCCUAGUUUAUGGGCCUUGAUAGUAUAAAAAAUCAGUGAGUCUGUAAACAAUUCCUUGUUAACACGAUACAGUCUUCAGUUUUGAGUGUAUCUUGAUGAAACUUGUACAGUAUUCAGAUAUCCAUAAGAGGUUGGUUCUUUUCGAAAACAGUGAUGUUGACCACACAAACCCAGCCAGUAGAGCAUAGGCCCUUUUGGGCCUCUUGUUGUAAAAUGCACUUACUUUAUGAAUAAUUAAAGUGUGAAAAUGAGAUACUGACGGCUGGAACCUUUCAACAAAUGUGUUUUAAAUAUUUUAGUUUAAUUUUAUUUUAUUUUUUUGUAGCAAAAACAAUCGAAAUCCUAAUUGUUGUAUAAGCUUGGUGUACUGUUAUGUAUAUGCUUGAAUUCAGGUUUACAUAUUUUGUAAUCAACAGUUUUUAUGUUUUGUAUUUUUGUUCUUGUAUUUGGUCAUUUAUUUACAUAUAUAUAAUCUUUAAGUUUCUUUUAAUUGCUUACCUCAUUUACUAUUUUUAUGUACUAACCGUGGUUGUGCAAUAUCUGAUUAAACUGUAAAAGCUGUU